AUGAGGUCAGACUGGCCAAAGUCUGCCCCAGGUCGUCACCACCACCACAUGCAGUCACACCACGAUGCGCUCUUCGAAAUGUCUCCUCGUCAACGAGAGUACUACUCGAAGUGUUUUCGUCAUCUGAUGAACACCACACAGGGGAAGAAUAGCCUUCAGGGUGCUCUUAAUGGUGGAGAUUCACGAAUUGUCGAGUUUUUCAAACGCAGUGGCCUCGACAAUGAUUCUCUUUCAAGAAUUUGGAGCCUUUCCGACAUUAACGAGGACGGAUGGCUCGAUGUCAAUGAAUUUUCGACAGCGAUGCACCUUAUUGUGCUGAAAGUCAAGGGUCAGGUGCCGGUGCCGCUGUGCUUGCCUGCUUGCAUCCGUCCUCCAUUCGUUCCUCCACGCAUGUGUUCUCAGUUACCAAAUAGUCCAUCUGUUUCCCAUUCGGAUACUCAUCUUGCUGAAUUUUCUGAUGUCCCCCCGUUGUUAGUCGACAGUCGUCCUACUGCUGUGAAACAGAGUACCAUUCCACUUCUUGCCUUGAAAUCACCUUCUGGACCUCCUCCACAGCCUCCACCUCGACCUCAACAAAGAGGUCAUAUCAGGAGUGUUAGCCUAGAUAUGAUGAAGCACAUCGAAUUGACACAAACAGGAAUGCUGUCUGCUGAGAAUCGUCGGCCUUCAGAUUCUACGAGUACAACCGUUGAUAUUUCUUUACCUUUUCAUUUUGUUUCUCCUUCACCUCCUCCUGUUCCACAACGGGUGUCUCCACCAGCCCCGAUUCCAAGGAAAACGAGCACUGUUGAAAUUCAAACUGACGGUAGAUAUGUGAAUGUCACGGAGAUAGAGCGAUUUAUCCUUUCCAUUGUAGACACACAAAUCGCUGACCUCCUUGGAGAUGAGUUAAGCGCAACUGUUGGUGAAGGGGUCGAACGUUGGGCUCGACGAUGUGAAGGUCUUCGGACACAAAAUGCUGAACUAGAAGCAGAAAGGGCGAGAAUGGCUCAGGUAAGAGUUCAGUUAGAAUUACGACUUCAGGAGUUAGAAGAGGGAAGUGGUAAGGGACGGAAACCAACUUCUCUUUAA